AUGGCUGCUGCUGCUUCUCGUUCAAACGUUACUCGUCUCCUGGGAUUAUUGCAAUCCGGUGCCAAUAGCUGUCCUUGUCACUCUCAUGCCCACUCUCAUGGUCCUACUGCCGGUGCCUUUUCCAGCUUGUUAAAGUAUGGUCGCAACUAUGCUAGUGCUAAAGAAACUACUGAUUAUGCUUUCGAGAUGGCUGCCAGUAACAUUCGUUUCGGUCCUGGUGUUACCAGUGAGAUUGGUAUGGAUUUGAACAACAUUCACGCAAAGAAGGUCGCAGUUUAUACUGAUAGCACCAUCGCCAAGCUCCAUCCUCUCAAGGCAGUGAUUGAAUCAUUGGACAAGCACAAGGUCAACUAUGUUGUCUAUGAUACCUGUCGUGUUGAGCCUACCGAUACCAGUUUCAAGUCUGCUAUCGAUUUCGCUCGUCAACACAAUCCUGAUGCCUUUGUCGCUGUCGGUGGUGGUUCCGUUAUUGAUACUACCAAGGCUGCUAGUCUUUACAGUGCUCAUCCUGAGGCUGACUUCUUGGAUUUCGUCAAUGCCCCCAUCGGUAAAGGUUUACCCAUUAGAAAGAAGUUGAACCCUUUGAUUGCUGUUCCCACUACUGCUGGUACUGGUUCAGAAACCACUGGUACUGCCAUCUUUGAUUAUGAGCCUCUCAAGACCAAGACUGGUAUUGCUCACCGUGCUCUCAAGCCCCUUCUUGGUAUUGUCGACCCCUUGAACACUCGCAGCAUGCCCUCUCAAGUCCAUGCUUCCAGUGGUUUGGAUGUCUUGUGCCAUGCCCUUGAAUCAUACACUGCCUUGCCUUACAAUCAGCGUUCUCCUCGCCCCAAGGAUCCCAUUGAGAGACCCGCUUACCAAGGUUCCAACCCCAUCAGUGAUGUCUGGUCACUUCACGCUUUAAAGAUGGUUGUUGAAUAUCUUCCUCGUGCUGUCAAGGAUCCUGAGGACCAUGAAGCUCAAAGCCAAAUGUUGCUGGCUGCUACUUUUGCCGGUAUUGGUUUCGGUAAUGCUGGUGUCCAUCUCUGUCACGGUUUGAGUUAUCCUAUCAGUGGUCUCAACAAGAGCUAUAAGCAUCCUGGUUACAAUGUUGAUCAUGCUAUUGUUCCUCAUGGUGUUUCCGUUGCUUUGACUGCACCUUCCGUCUUCCGUUUCACUGCUGCUGCAUGCCCUGAUCGUCACGUUGAUGCUGCUGCUGCCUUUGGUGCUGAUCCUGCUCACAUCAAGGAAUCCAUGGCUGGUGAGGUCCUUGCUGAGAAGCUCACUCGUUUCCUCGAAGAUUUGGGUGUUCCCAACGGUUUGAGUGCUCUUGGUUACGAUUCUUCUUAUAUUCCUGCUUUGGUUGAAGGCACCUUGCCUCAACAUCGUGUCACUAAGCUCGCUCCUGCUCGUGAGCCCGCUCGUGAACAAAUUGCCUCCAUUUUCGAGAAUGCUAUGAAGAACUACUAA